AUGAACCAGGCCCUGCAGAUCCGGUCCGCGCUCACGGCCGAGCAGCUGCCGCCGCCGUCACAGGCAUGGCUGCAGGCGUUUAUCAGCCAGCAGCAACAACACCUUCGACCGGCGUUGCCGGCGCUCGUGGCCACAGCCCGGGCACAGCUGCUGGCGGCCGAUCUCACGAUGCCGGGGCUGCUGGACGCGGCGGCCGUGGCUGGCUGCAGCUUUCCGGCCGAGCUGGCGGCACCGACGGCGGCCAUGCAGCAGGAGAUGCGGCUGCCGCGUGACGUGGUCGUGCAGGUGGUCGACGUGGAGAACCUGGCGCAGAGCCGGUGGCAGCAGGUGCAGGAGCUGGAGGCGAUCGAGCGCGGCGAGCAGAAACGGGGACGGGAGAUCGUUCGGGUGGUGGAAGAAAACGCAGGAGGCACGCCCGCAGAAGACGCUCUCCCGGCUGCGGCGACACCCUCCGCUGGCCCCUCGGCCACCCAUCGGCUCGUCCUCCAGGACGGCCGUGGCCAGACCCUCUUCGGGCUCGAGCUGACGCGCAUCUACCGCAUCGGCAUCGGCCGGAUGGCCAUGGGCGAGAAGCUGCUCCUUCGUAGCGGUACCGUCGUCGCCCGCGGCGUCGUCUUGCUCGAACCGCCGGCUGUACGCUUUCUCGGCGGUCGCGUCGAGGUCAUGCACAAGUCCUGGCUCGAAGGUCGGCUGGGCCGUUUGAAGGACGCUGCGAGGACGUGA